AUGAGUCCACGCAAGAGGAAAACCGGAGCGGAUGCCGCUGAAGAACGCGAAGGUUCUCCAGAUUUGACAAGACCUAUGAAGAAACUUCGAGUUAAUGCUAACUCUGGAAGCCUCAAAGUUUCGCAAACCGCUGGAGACGACAAUGGUCAACAUCAAUCUCCAUCAGCUCCCAUAACAGCUGAGGCCGUCGUGGACCUGCCGAGGGGUAAAGGCAAAUUCGCCAGACUUCCACCUGAGAUUGUCAGUAUCAUUAUCCAAUACGCCUGCUGCACUCAUGAGAGCUCAGGCACACAAUUGCCAGACGGAAGUAUUCAAUACAGACCUCGUUCACCACGCUUGCUCUUUCACACCGUUCUCAAACUACUAGCUAUAGUCGGACAUUUGAGAGAAGAGAUAUUGGAACUGUUUCUCACUCGGAAGGUGGAACUCUCGCCUCAAGCGACUGGAGUCCGAUUUCUUCAAUCUUUGUCGCCAGAUGAAAUCGCAAGGUACAUCCGAGAUAUUCGUGUCCCAUGGUGUGACCCACGACCAUCGGACGCGUUCAGGAUACUUGCAAAGCACAGUAAACUGGAUUAUCUACAGGUUGAAUUGACUUUGGGUGACGAAGUGUACAAACAGUACGAAAGGGUUGACAGUCUUCAGAGAUGUACUGGUUGGAAUGCCAUUAUGAGCAUCCGAGAAUGUAAAAGAGUGUCGGUCAUGAUACCUCUUCCCAAUUUUGUGCGGGAUUCUGAACUUUACGUCCAUUUUGACUCUUCUAGCAGAACUGUUAGGCGUCACAGAGUACUGCUUACUACUACGUGUGGCUGGCCAAAAAUCCUUACUAGGGGACGUCGAAAGGAAAAUGAGGAAUCAAACAUUCGAUCACAAACGAAAACACGAUGA